AUGAAAAAACGACCAUCGAAAAAAGUAGCCAAAGCUGUUACCAAUGUUACAACUAAUGAUUCAUCGUCGGAAAAUUCGUUAUUCGAUCAAUCAUUAUCUACGCCAACUGUCUUGCCUAGCACUCCAAGCAAUGACACUGAUACCACUGAAGGAAAUGUUCGCGAACAAUUGCAGACGAUUGUUGAUCAACCGUUGACUCUUGAUCUGGAUGAAGAUCCAGAAAGUAUUUCGAAGAUAACCGUCAACGGCUCCAAAAGAAAGGAAGCACCAACAAAACAGUUUCACAAGAGCAAAGCUGCUAAAACUAGUGUCGAUUCUUUAGCAACUGCAUUCUCAAUGAACAUCGAUGAGGCUGAAGAAAGCAACGACGAAAAUCACUCUCUGCAGUCUUCAGCUGUAUGGAAAUAUGCGACUCGAAUCAGAAUCGAAGGUAAACAGUAUGCCAUCUGCUUUGAUUGUCGUGCACAGAUUAGUACCAAUAAUUGGUCAACGUCGGCAUUACGGCGUCAUUUAAUUGUCAUGCACAACAGAUUAGACGUGUGCAUACAAAACACACCAGCAGCGCAACCAUCAUCGAAUAUGUCUCGAUCUCUUAGAGAAAGAUUACAUAAGUUAUGUGUCGAAGCAAUCAUUCGUGAUAGUUUACCUUUCAACUGCUCCAGCAAACCUGGCUUAUCAAAAGUGAUGAAAGAGGCACUUCCUGGGUAUGUACCGAUUCAUCGGAACAUGGUUGCUCGUCGUCUUAAACGAUUGCAUCAAGAAGGCAAAUCCAAGUUAGUUCAAGAUCUAAAAAACGUCGAAGCACUGUCCAUAACAACAGACUUUUGGUCCGACAGAACAAACACAUCGUAUACGGUUUUGACUGGACAUUAUUUUGUAAAUAAUCUCGAAUUGAAAUCCAAAGUUCUUUCAUUCUCAACUUUUCCACAUCGACAUACAUCGGUUCAAAUUUGUCAGACUAUCUCAUCGGAAUUGCGUAAAUUCCAAAUUCUUCAUAAAAUCACUCGCGUUGUUUGCGAUGGUGCCAAAAACUUAACAAAUGCAAUUGAUGGCCUUUAUAUUGGUUCUGAACGUAUCUGGUGCAUAGCUCAUCGACUACAUUUAGUUGUCGCAACGGGUCUGGCGUUGUGGCCGAAAUCGCCGAAUAAGCAAACUGGUGAUAUUAAUUCUUCGAGCUCCAAUAAAACUGAUCCUUCCUCAACGAUUACCAAAUCGUCGAAUCGACUUACUACUUCAUCAUCGUCAUCCAUUGUUAAAUCAAAACCCACAGCACGUGGACAAUUAAAAGAGCGAAAUGUUAAUCCUGUGACUAUUGAUAAAUCAACAACUGGAGCAAGUAGUCAACUAUUAAAUCAAGUUAAUGCUCUCAAUAUCUCACAUGGGAAUGAAAACGAAAUGGUCAUUCUCCCUGAAGUUGAUCAUGCGCGAAAUUAUGAUGACGAUGUUACAACUGAAACAAUCGAAUGUACUACUGAAGACGACGUGAGUCAUGGUGAAAAUUUUAAUGAAGGUAGCGAAGAUAAUGCCGAUGGUGAAGGCGAUUAUCUUGACAAUGGUAAUGAUAAUGACGAUGACGAUGAAGACGACGAUGAUACUAUUAACAAUGACGUCGAUGAUGAAAUCGAAAAUGAUGAAGAUGAAGACGAACAACAUCGAGCGGAAAAUGAGGAUCCAGAUUAG